UACUGAUAUUGAAGUUUUAAAUCUUUUGAUUUCAAAUAUUGCCGGAUUUGAAAUUUUUAAUGCUCCAUUAUCCGAUGAUGCUAAUAAAUUAAUUUAUUAUAGUACAGUUAUCAAUUUAUUAUGUGAAGAUACUCCACAUUUAAUUAUUCAG